AUGGCCAUCGGUGAGGUUCAACAACGUAUUCCUCCUGUUGUAGGACCUUCAGGAGUAACAGCAGUAUCACCUACCGUACCUUCAAAGACUAUACUCAGUACUCCACAAGAACUCAAACCUGUAAGCAGUUCAGCUUCGGAGUCUUCCACUGCUUCUCCACCUUUGUCUGAUUCAAACAGUGGCACACCUUUAAAUAACAAGCCAACCGAAUCUCCAAACUACCAAACUGGCCAAGUUCCACCACAACAAUUAUCCACGCCACCUUCAAAAACCCCUCAAGUUAAAAGUGAAGGUGACAACACUGUAAAUCCUGGUCAACCAAAUGCCAAAACCACUACUCAUGUAAAUAAUGGAACCACUACAACCAAAACCAACAUUUCCAGUCCUGUUUGUCGUAACUGUAAGACCCAAACCACUCCUUUGUGGAGAAGAGAUGAAACUGGUCAAGUGUUGUGUAAUGCUUGUGGGUUGUUUUUAAAAUUACAUGGACGUCCAAGACCAAUUAGUUUGAAGACCGAUACUAUCAAAUCUAGAAACAGAAUCAAGCAGCUGAGUCUGAACCAUCACAACAAUCUUAAUAAAUCUUCAAGUCCAAAC